AUGGAUGUGUCGGAUUGUUUUUACCAGUUCGAGAUCAAGGAAAUGGCUUCGUGGUUUGGGUUUGGGAUCGAUUUCCCCAAUCUUGCAGCUACCUGGAAGGCGCAAGGCUUUGAUAUUCCGACGGUUUUCGAUGAGGACCUUUUAAAGUUCCUACCGGUGAAGGAUUCCGAUGUGCUUUUCCCUGUCAUCAAUGUGAUGCCUAUGGGCUGGACAUGGGCUCUCUUCUUCGCCAAUGAGACUGUCUCGGCCUUGGUACGUGAGAGCAUGCUUGGUUCUACAAUGCAGAUUGGGGAACCUUAUGUGGAGAUGAGAGAAAAGCUUCCUGUACCACAGCUUUCGGAGACACGACCCAUCGCCUCGACCUACGUGGACAAUGUUGCCAUCGUAGGUCGCGCCAAAGAAGACGUCUUCGCCGAAAAGAGCAUUAUUAUUGUUUGGUCGUACGAUGAGCCGGUGCGCGUUUUGGAGACGGUUGGAUGCAUAGUCGACUUCAGGGCCAAACAAUUGAGACACAAGCCUCAUCGUCUCUGGAGGGUGCACCUCGGUGGAAUUGCCCUGAUGCGACGGAAGAAGGUGAGAGCCCGCAGCGAUGAGGUAUGGCUUGGGCAUGCCACUGCGUUGAUGAGGCUGUGUCCAUCCCUGUUGAGCGUGUUUGACAAGGUCUACCGCUUCAUACGUUUAGGAGGAGAUCGACGCAUUCCCCUAUGGCUUGCCGUACGCACUGAGAUAGAGAUGGCCACCAAUCUGGUUUGGCUUUGCCAGGUCGACCUCGGGUCCGGCUUUGUGAAACAGAUUGAUAUGGGUGAUUCUGCCGCACACGGCUACGCCAUGAUGACACGCUCUGCCCCUGAUCAUCUUCUUCGUAGUGCGUGUCGUUUUCGUGAGAAAUGGCGAUACAUCCCACUGCCAGAUUCUCUGAAGGAGAUUGUCCUGAAGAAAGGUUGCGAAUCCUACGAGGAGGUUGUCUAUGAGUUCGGCAAGAAGAAACUCACCCUUUCGGACAACUUGCCAGCUGUUCUUGCCUUUGAGAAGGGUUUGUAUCGGUGCGGUGCUUUCUGGGAGAUCUUCAGUGGGAGUGGAAACCUAUCACGAGCUGUUUCAUCACUAGGGCUUCGAGUUCUACCGCCACUGGAUAUCAAGAAUGGUGCUGAGUAUGAUUUGACACGGCGCUCCACGCAGACACUGAUAAAGAAGAUCAUCCUGGAGUAUGGGGUUUUGCCAUGCCCACGGCGUCAGUUGGACGAUCGAGAACCCAGAGAGUUCAAGGCUGUGGGAGUUCGAAGCAAUCGUGGACGUGUACGUGUGUCUGCGCAGGGUGGGUCACAGUGGGCCAACAUGACGGAAGAGCCUGGACCAGAUCCUGGGCUCAUCCAGCACGCCUUCGCAAAAGCCCACUCUGGAUGCGGCGAGGAAAAGUUCCCGAUCUUGCAGAGACUCUCGGCGUCGAAAGAGGCGCGAAGGCUCGAAACACACCUUCUGCAAAGCGAAAGCUGGAGCGUUGAAAUACAACCGUUGAAGAAAUUACGUGCUUCGCAACUCAAGCCAAAGACCUUGCAGCUGUACAACGACGCGGUUUGUGAGUUCGAGUCUUGGUGUAUCCAGAACGGGCGUCGCAGAAACAGUCACAGGGCCAUAGAUGAAGGCUUGACGCAAUUCACGCAAGAACUCUGUGAAGAUGCUCGUUGCUUCGCAGAUGCAAGCUAUGCUGUGUUCGGCUGGAUUGCCCUGCCAGAGAAAGAUCAGCUUCCGUUUUCAAAGCAAUCUAUCAAAGGGUGGAAAUCUAAAUUUCCGCCCAAGUCGCGAGCUGGUGUGGACCUCCAGCUUUGGGACUUGGUGGCCCUCAGAUGCGCUCAACAAGAGCACUGUGAAGCCGCAGCCGCCAUUCUCCUGCAGGGGGACACCUACCUGCGACCAUCUGAGCUGGUGCAGUUGAAGAAAUGUAACGUCCUGCAGCCUCAGUCCAUCAGAAAACCGGACGGUUGGGGUGUGAUCAUUGCGCCUUUGGAAGAUGGGGUCCCUACAAAAGCUCGGGACUUUGAUGAUGUUGUCCUUCUGAACACGCCGCAGCGCCAUGACACAAAUGCAGUGCUCAAAGCCGUCUUCAACGCCUCAAAGAACAGCAGGUGGCUUUUCCCGAAGUUAACCUGCAAGAAAUACUGUGAGCAAAUUGCCUGUAGUGCGAAGCAAGAAGGCUUGAUAGACUUGCGCCUUACACCGCGUGUUCUCCGCCAUUCUGGUGCUUCACAUGAUGCAUACUACCAUGUUCGUGAUCUUCAGCAGAUUCAAGAACGUGGACGAUGGAAGGCAAGCAG